AUGAGCCAGGCCGAGCGCUCCACCUGCGCGGCGCCCCCGCAGCGCGUCUUCCAGGAGGCCGUGCGCCGCGGCAACACGCAGGAGCUGCAGUCGCUGCUGCAGAACAUGACGAGCUGCGAGUUCAACGUCAACUCGUUCGGGCCCGAGGGCCAGACGGCGCUGCACCAGUCGGUCAUCGACGGCAACCUGGAGCUGGUGAAGCUGCUGGUUAAGUUCGGCGCCGACAUCCGCCUGGCCAACCGCGACGGCUGGAGCGCGCUGCACAUCGCGGCGUUCGGCGGCCACCAGGACAUCGCGCUCUAUCUCAUCACCACGGCCAAGUGCGCGGCCGGCGGCCGGUGA